UCGGCCAUGUCAUCAAAAGACGCCCCGGAGGAAACCCCAUGGGACUCGAAGACCAGUGAGAAGUUCCAAAGCAAACGUCCUGGGGAAUUUUUCGACCCCUGUCAGGAAGCUGCGUCGAGGAGUCUCAAAUGUUUGCAUCGAAAUGGCGGGGAUCGAGAGAUGUGUGCGGAUUACUUUCAAGCAUACCGAGAUUGCAAGAAGCAAUGGGUGUGUCUUCUAUUUCUCUGGUCGCUCCUUGCUUACCCCCAGAUGCCUUGGUACCUGUUAAGGUUUCUUGAGUUUUUUUAAUCAUGGACUCUUUCUAUGGGUCCCAAGUUCCG